UGCGUUUUAUUAGGGCAAGUUAUGUACUAGGCUCCCCUGUGUCGGUUAAAGGUCCGAGCGACAUAAAACAGAGCAGCGAACUCUAAUAAUUUACAUACUUUAAACGUGUCGGCGGCCCUUUGCUAUCCUCCGCCAUUUUGUGUGUCAGUCGAAUGCUAAUAAUGGGCGCUCGCGCAUUGCACUUUAUUUAUGCCCAGAAUAAAUCCCGUCAUCAGUUGAAACAAACGUUUUAAUAAGUCUGAUAAUCAUUUCUAUCACAUACACGGGGUGCCAUCAUUGAACAGUCUGAGAUUUAGAUAUUUUUUUUGAUUUAUGAUAAACGACAGGUCAAGAACGUUAUUACAGUAUUACCCCAGUAUACGAAACGUACGUGCUUAAAUUAAGAUUUUCAGAUUUGAAAACAAAUUAAACUCGAUUAUAUGCCUUUUAACUUCUCGUCAUAAGUGUCUGCCCGCGUGCAACGCGCAUAUUUUAAAAGAUUCUUUAAAAACAAGGAAAAGCUAAACUUGUUCGUCUAACUUUACUUUUAUUCGCUUUUCCUCAUUAAUAACCUUCAAAGUAGCUUAUGGGUUUCAGUGACAUUCAAUAUACGUGAGUAGUUCACAACUAUUGAUUUCGUAAAUAAGUAUAAAUACAUAAAUUUGUCGUCGUCAAGUCCUUGAUGCAGUUUGUACAGCGAGAAGCUGCUAAUCGCCCUCCAGCGGACGUCUGUGAAACUGCACGCGACGCGCAGAGAAAGAUGGCAGACACAUCUAGCAACGAUGGUCCUGUCACGGGAUCAGAGUUUGACAUGAUGAGUGCUCUUGACUGGAAGGACGGCAUUGCCACACUGCCUGGCAGUGACAUUCGGUUUCGAAUGACUGAAUUUGGCACUCUGGAGAUUGUCACAGAGGUGGAGCCCAAAGAAAAAGGGGAGGAGCUUACAGACCCCAAGCCUCAAACUACAGCCACCAAAAACAUCAUCCCCAAAAGUCAUCCCCUCGAACAAACUAAACCUGCAGACAACAAAAGUCAGGCAGCAGUGGCCCAAUCAUCUACAGAUCAUCAGUCAAAUACUGUGGCCGACCCAGACAGGCAGGCAGCAGGCAGCAACACUAAGAGUCCCAAUACUGAGGAAAAGCCCAGCAUGAGCUUAGUACCCAAUGCAGUGGUUGCUCCUAUCACUGAGAUGGCAAACUGCAGGUCAUGUGGUCAUUCUGGUUCACAGGAGUCUUUUCUCCAGGGCAAAUUUUGCAGUGCUCCUUGUGUGCAGCCCACCAGCGGCAGGUCAACCCCGGGUGAGGCAGUCGAAGGAGAGCGUUUAGGUAAACGUGUGAGAAAGAAGAAGAAGAUGUUUAUGGAUUCUGGAGAUGAAGAGGAAGACAAUAUUGAUGAAGAGGAGGAAAAGGUUAAAUCGUCAAAAGGCAGACGAGCAGCUAAACUUGCUAGACUUGUAACAGCACCUCUUGUUAAGAAGAAAACUUGGAGUUGGUCAGCUUAUCUGGAGGAGGAGAGAGCAAUUGCUGCUCCCUUGAAACUUUUUAAGGAGCACCAGUCGUUUCCCCAGAGCAGGAAUGGAUUUAAAGUUGGCAUGAAGCUUGAGGGAUUGGACCCUUGUCAUCCUGCUCUCUUCUGUGUUUUGACUGUUGCAGAGGUGCAAGGUUAUAGAAUUCGACUUCACUUUGACGGCUACCCCGAAUGCUAUGACUUUUGGGUAAAUGCUGACUCGUGGGAUGUAAAGCCGCCAGGCUGGUGUGAGAAAAGUGGCCUCAAGCUAUUGCUGCCAAAAGGCUGCAAAGAUGGCGAGUUUAACUGGAACACAUAUGUUAAGAACUGUAGGGGUCAACUUGCUCCCAAACAUCUCUUCAAAUAUCUUAAUACAUCAGUCACACCAUCAGGAUUUCGUGCAGGGAUGAAGCUGGAAGCAGUUGACAGGAAGAACCCAUCACUCAUCUGCGUAGCAACCAUUGCUGCUGCCGCUGACAACCGACUUCUUAUCCACUUUGACAACUGGGAUGAUAAGUAUGAUUACUGGUGUGAUGCCAGCAGUCCAUACAUCCACCCGGUGGGUUACUGUGAGGAGGCAAAGCUAACACUUACCACACCUGCAGAGUAUAAACACGCAAAGAGUUUCUCAUGGGAAAAGUAUCUUGAAGAAACUGGAACCCAGGCUGCACCAGCUAGAGCCUUUAAACAGAGACCGCCACAUGGUUUUCAGACCGGGAUGAAGUUGGAAGCAGUAGACAAGCGAAACGCCAUGCUCAUCCGUGUUGCCACCAUUUCUGACGUAGACGACCACAGAGUCAAGGUUCAUUUUGAUGGCUGGAUUGAUGAGUAUGAUUAUUGGCUAGAUGCUGAUAGUCCAGAUUUGCACCCAGUUGGCUGGUGUCAGAAGACAGGUCAUCCUCUACAACAUCCUAAUGAAAUCGAGACUCAUCAGACCAGGCAACAUAUUUCCAGUUCUCAACUGUCCAAUUUUGGUCCCAGGGAUUCUCCAGUCCCUCCGGGGCAAGGCUGCCCUACACCAGGAUGCAAUGGUGUUGGACACAUUAGAGGACCUCGCUAUGGCACACACUACACAACGGUGAGUUGUCCAUACUCUGAUCUGAACCUAAAUAAGGACGGGCUGCUGCCGGACAGACUGAACGGGGAGAGACCGGUAACGCUCAGCGGACCUCCACGUCACCGCCGUGCAGAAACGCUCACGCAGACUAACACUCCCAGCUCCAGCACCCCAGAACCUCCUGACACCACCACAGAUGCCUGCCCACAAGCACGGCCUGUCGCUGCCCCCAAAUGUGUUAAACCACCUCAAGUGAAGCAGGAAGGUGAUGGAAAAGAUUCCCUGCAGCAGUUCCUCCAUGAGUCUGUGUUCUGCGGAUGGGAGCUGCCAAGAUUUCAGCUGUGCUCGGAGAAACAUGGCAAACUCCUGCCUGAAGCCUUAGGCCUCACUGCCAAGAGAGUGGCCAAGUGGAGCACAGAGGAGGUUGCAAGUUUCGUGAGAGGGUUACCUGGCUGCAGAGAGCAUGCUGCCACCUUCAGGAAAGAGCAUAUUGAUGGCGAGGCCUUCCUGCUGCUUACUCAAUCAGACAUUGUUAAGAUACUGAGCAUCAAGCUCGGCCCCGCUCUCAAAAUCUACAAUUGUAUCCUCAUGUUAAAAAGCGCAGAUGAGGAGUAGACAUGCACCCAUCAAACUGGAAACAAACUUCAAAGCAACUAAAACAUGAAAACAUGUUUAAAGGUUGCACUUGCCCCAAUCAUUAUGUUUAGGCCUUAGAGUAAUCAAAGUGCAGAUAAGCAAUUAAAUCAUUGGUCACAUUAGUUGAUUGAUGGACAAAUCAGCCAAUUGAACUGGAAGUGAUCAGUGAUCUUGACUUGUGGUAACUGUUCCAUAAGGAAUAACAAAACAUUUUUAUUUGAGUAAUCUGAUCCAUGUUAGACUCUAGGAGGGAGUACACUAUACUGAGGCACCUUACAAUGUAAAAAGUUGAAACUGGAUUCUUGAUAUUUAUGUUUUAUGGUUACUAAAAUCGGUGAUUGCGUUUGGUGCUGGAGGCACAAACAAAAGCCACAAAAGUGGAGCUUUUACUUGAAUUGUAAAAAUAAUUUUUUAAACUUUGCAGAAGAGCUUCACACUGACACUCAUCCCAAAUAAUCCAAAUUUGCCUGUUUGAGACCACUAGAGGGCAGUGGGAUUGUGUUUGUGUGUGCUUGUGUACGUGCGAGAGAGAAAGAGAGAGAAUGAGUGAGUGUUUUGCAAGCGUGUGUAAGAUAAAUGUGUGCUUGCAUCUAAUGUCAGGGAUUUCUUGCUCUGGGGUAAAUUUCUAGAGUUGAAUGUCUCAGUUUGUAUUUACUUCAGAUGAAAUGUGUUCUGUGAAAUGCAUUUGAAAAAUUGUAAAUGAUGAAACUGUAUAGUGAGUUGGUCAGUGUGCUAACUCGAUGGACAUGCUGCAAAUGGAAUUAAGAAUAGAAAUGUGUUGGUGUGUGAGUGGGUGUGUGUUAAGUCUACAAGACCCUGACAUUUGGCCUUGUACAGCCAUUCCUGAAAUAAGGUGCUUGCAUUUUUUGUUUGAUGAGUUCAGCCUUUUGAGUCACAAGGCUAUAUGCAUUUCUCUUGAUGUUGCCAAUGACUCCAGCUGUAAUUUGCUUAAUAACGCAUCUAUAAUUUCCAGAUGUGCUACAACUGCAUGAUAGAAGCACACCCGUUUUAUUUACUGCUUUGGAUUUGUAGUGAUUCUCAAGGUUAUGUUUACAUCUUUUCUGCUGGUUGUAUAAAACAAAUGAGUUCCCUGGAGAUAAUGUAAAUGAAUCUGGUGAUACUUAAAGGUGAAUGUACAAAACUUACAAUACUAAAUCAAAUAUAUUUCUGCAAGCUACCGUUGAUCUAUAAUCUGGUAUGAUUAAACAAUUUGGAGUGGUAUGGUUGGUGUCAGGUAUAAUGUGGGUUUGUGUUUCAUUGGAGUGUGUGUUUGUAGAUUAAAUUGCAGUCUCUCCAAGUAGA